AUUACUGUCACUUUACUGGAAAAUAUCGACGCAUUUUGAAGCUUUAGAUUCAGCCUUUGUCUGAUUUGGACAUCAGAAUGAACAAGUUCCUAUCAGAACUUGUUGUGAUAGCCGUGUGCCUGGCUCUAACGCAUGCCACGUCGCUCACGAACAGGCGUCUUCAAGCACUUGAACGUGGAGCUGCGUUUUUAGAAGCUCAAAGCUUUGGCAUGUUCAAUCAAGACCCGAAGAAGGACAAGGAGGAAAAAGAAGAAUUAAAAAAGUGCUACAAGGAAUGCAGGAAGACUAAAAAACAGUGUGAAAAGAGUUGUCCUAAAAAAGCGAAAGAUUGCAGAAAAGAAUGCAAAUGUAAUUAUAAAGAAUGCAAAGAAGAUUGCAAGGGAGGUGGAAGUGGUGUUAUGGAGUACUUAUGACGAGACAACCAGUAUGGACGAUAUCGAAAUUAACACUAUUAACCACGUAGCUAGAGCUCUAGAGAUAUGUCCACAGGAGAUAAUAAAAUGUGCAAACUCAACAUGCAAAAA